AUGGACCUGUCUCUGGCCUUAGGUCGCCCGGGAACCGGCGGCAGUGGGGCGGCCGGCCGGCGAGCAUACAGCGGCGGGCUGGCCGAUGAUGAGGCGCGGCCGUUGUUCCCGUGCCUCUUUUGCGACAGGAAAUUCCUCAAGCCGCAGGCCCUCGGUGGCCACCAGAACGCGCACAGGGAGGAGCGCGCGGCUGGCUGGAACCCCUACGUCUACGGCCGCCCACCCGCUGACAGUGCCGCCUCGUCUCGCGCCGCCGCCACCGACAACUUCAACCCUAUCGCCACGCACGGUGGUGGCGGGGGCGCCGCCCCACCGCCCCUCCAUGUCGUUCUUGAGGCUGGCACGCUGGCUCCGUCGGCCCACGGCGUGCGAGUGGCAGCCGGCCCGUUCUACGGCGUCCACGACGAUGUGGGGGACAUGCUAAGCUCGGAAAGGUCACCGGCCGCUGAGCCGGCAUCGGAGAGCAACACCGGCGUAGGGAUCGACCUGGAGCUGCGACUCUAG